GUCCAUGGCUUCUGCAUUACUGCGUUAGUCCUUCGAAAUAUCAUUACAAUGAGAGUAUCACUCGCUGUUAUAGUCCUGUUUGUUUUAACUCUAUAUUUUAAAAGUUGCGUUAGUGCGGGGAAUAAUGAAGUAGAUGAUAAAAAAGAACCCAAUAAGUACGCCCCACUUUGGUUCGGACCCAGGAUAGGAAGGAAAAAAAGGAACCUUGUCGAUGAAGGCUAUAAGAAUUUCGAUAAAGAAGAGGUGGAAGUUUUGUUAGAGUUUAUUAGGAAGAGUCCCUGGACUAUUAUGCUGUUUGGAAAUGGUAAUGGAAAACGUUUAAUAAACUACAAUCCAAAAGAUGAGCAUGGUAUAUCGGAAGACGAUGAAUUUACUGAAAUGGAACAAAGGUCAAUGUUUGCACCUCGAUUGGGGCGUUCGGCAUUUUAUCCCAGAUUAGGAAGGGGAAAUUCUAUUUUGGAAUAAAUUUUAUAAAUCAUAUUUUUUAAUAGAUUUUGCUGUGAUUUGGUGAAACUGAAUAAAAAAUUAAAAAUAAA